CUCAGUCAGGGGAGCUGAAACAGCAGAAUACCCAUGGUCAGGACUGCCAGAAGCUACCAAGCAAGACCAUCAGCUCAAAGGAGACUUGUACAGAGGGAGGGUGCACCUGCUCACUACUGCACAUCAUAUUCUCGCUAACAGCAGCUUUCAAAACAACUACACCAUGGUGCUUAAUUGUACGGAGAUAGUUGUGGCACUGGAGACCUAUUACCUGACAACAUUUUAUGGAAUUGAGUUCUCUGUUGGUUUCCUUGGCAACCUGCUGGUUGUACUUGGUUAUAUAUUUUGUUUACAACAGUGGCAAAGCUGCAACAUUUACCUCUUCAGUCUUGCAGUUUCAGACCUUAUUUUCCUCUCCACAUUGCCACGCCUCUGCUACCUUUAUUCAAAUCACAAAGAAGAGAACAAUGUCUAUGUUUGUGUUAUCAACCGCUAUGUCCUGCAUGUAAAUCUUUACUCCUCCAUACUCUUUAUGGUUUGGCUCAGCAUGGACCGCUUCCUGCUCAUAAAGUAUCCAAUGAGGAACAAUUAUCUGCUCAGGCCACAAACAGCUCUGAUUAUUACAGGGUUGAGCUGGAUAGCUGUCAACGUUGAAGUUGCCCCAAUGAUAACGCUGAUGGUGCAGGACCUAAAGGAAAAAAAUUGGACCAAGUGCCGAGAUUUUGCCAGUCUGAAGGGAGAUAUCAGUGUGCUUGGCUACAGUUUGGGGCUGACACUGACAGGUUAUAUUCUCCCUAUGUUGGGACUUUGUGUUUUUUCCUACCAAAUAGCACACCUACUGCGUGUCCAGGAAAGGGCUCUGCAGCGCAGCACAGCGUCAUCAUACAAGCGGCCUCUACAGGUGGUUGCAUCAGCGGCAGCGCUAUUUCUGGUUCUCUACACUCCCUACCAUGUGCUUAGAAAUGUGUCAAUAGCAAGUAUGCAAGAAUGGGCAGGACUGGGGACGUGUACAAAGAUGCACAUAAAGAGUAUGUAUAUCUUGACCCGACCUAUAGCUUUUUUUCACAGCGUAAUCAACCCCAUCUUCUACUUUCUCAUGGGUGACAAGUUCAGAGACCUCCUAGUAUCUAAGAUUAGAAAUAUAGUCAGCAGAACAGUGGCGCAAAGAAACCCUUCAUGAGUAAAAUACAAAUUUACUGUAUGUAAAAAAGAAAGAAUAUCAGCAUAGCAUCCAUGUACACAAAUGAGAUCUACUUUGUAUUUUCUUUAUUUUAUUUUCUGUAUUUUGUCUUUUGUUUUGUAUUUUUCUCAUAUCACUGCAUCCGUUAGUGAUGCACAUGUAUAUUUCUAUAUAUAUAUUUUUGUAGGUACAAUAUUUACACAUCAAAUUAUUAUUAAGUAAUAAAAAGAUGUAAUAGCAUAUUCUUGAUGUAAAACUAUGAAUGCAAGUUUAUUGUCACAUUUGCUGAAACUCGUAACCGAGUUGCAUUGCUUUAUCAUUGUUACUUCUUAUUUGGGAAUGUUUGCACAUUAUA